AUUUCGUUUUUGUUUCUUUUCUGUUUAUAUUUUGUUUUUUUGAGGGUCUUUUACUUUGUUAUCGCUUUAAUUGCUGUCUGUCUUUUAGUUUCCGGGUAACGUACCUCUUCCAGACUUGCUGUUGCAAAAGGACUAUUCUCCUUUGAUAUGCUUGCUUAACGCUGUAAUUUAAUCCUUGCUAAGUUAUUUUUCAACACAAAGGACGAAGCAACAAAAGACAAUGCUGGGUAAAAUUAAGACAAAAAGGACUUUUAAAGUCAAAUGAGCUUGAAUCUAUUUAAAACAAACCAGGCAUCAAAUUGACCAUGCUGAAAAUGCAUUUGUAAUUUUAUUCUGUUCCCAGAUGUAAGAGUUUACCACUACCAUUGAAACUUGUAUGUGUUAAUGUUUGUGCUUUGAGAUAUAGCAGUUUUUAAGACGAUUGUGGACCAAGCAUGAGUCGUCGAGCCGAUUACAGAGAUAUGUUAUCAUACACUAUGGUAUGUAAGAACUGUCCUGAAUACAUGUACAACUACGAGACAUUGAGAGAGACCUGGGUGCAAGCCUGCCGUGCGAAGGGAAGAGCCUGUUAUGAGCGAAUCAAGUAUUACUUCACUCACUCCUUUGAUCGUCAUUUGAAAGAAAUGAUCUUUGUGAUAGCUUAUGGAGUCGAUCACACCGCUGGUAUUUUCCUUGAUUAUAAAGGCUAUACAUUCUUCAAGGAAAAGAUGGAGAAAGCAGCAGAUUCGGGUGACAAAUUGCCUGAAGUUUCACCAUCAAAGGUGUCGCGAAAAACACCGCAAAUGAUGAGAAUCUUUAAAUCCCUUAAAGAUUUUAACAUUUUCAGCGAUCAGCUGCGCCAGAAAAAUCGUUCCAUCGUUCGACAAAGGCACAUUAAUGGUGUGUAUUUUUUGGAAAGAAUAAACGAGGUCAUGGAGGAAAAAACGCCAUCAUUUUUAGCGUUUAAUGCGAAGGUUUCUGAACAAGAUCCAAAGAAAAUCUUACAGAUUGGUUGCGUGGUUUUCUCAACGGAAAGUCAACAAGACUGCAAAAAAUGUCACGUCUACAUCGUGAAGGAAAACUACCCCUCACUAAGUGAAAACUUUCCGCACCAAAAAUGCGACGACUUCGCAGCUGGGACCUCUGAAAUGGCCGGCCUCGCCGAGAUAAUGAACAAACUCCAAGACAACAUUUCGGGAGUGGAUUUUCUCAUCACACAUUCAACAUCAUCAGAAGAUAUUCGUAAUUUUCUGAAAGCCCAAGGACUAGACACUGGCGAUAAGGAAAUCAUUGAUACAUUGACUCUUUAUUCUGCACUGUUCCCCGAGUCCAGAAAAGACAACACCAUGGAAGAACUUCUCAAGAAAUUAGACGUCCCGUUUGACUCUUGUAAACUCCAAAACGCGGGCUAUAACGCAUUUUACAUCAUGCUGAUGUUUCGAGCUCUUUUGAAAAAAGAAUUUUGUGCAUGCCUUAGUUUAUAGAAUAGUUUUAAAUUUAAAAAUGUGGGUGAGGGGUGCCGUAGAACCAAAACCAAAUCAAUUACAGCGACCAAUCACCAAAACAAAACCAUUAAAAACUAAUGAAUUAAUGUGAACUCUCGUCGAGGCAAAAAGCACGUAGCAAAAGCACGGGCCAAGCGCGGGAAAACCCACGUGACCAAGUCGUGAUUGGUUGAGACUCAGACCGGAGGUGAUGUAGAAGGACAUGCGAAUGUCAGACGAAUGUCAUGAAAAAUUCAGGCUGAAUGAGACCGUUAACCAAUGCCUACAGAGUACAGUACUGUCACUUAACUCCAAAUGGUUCGACUACGAGUAGUCCCUCUUUCGCUUAGUCUGUCGAGUGAGACAAACGUUACAACAGUUUACAACAAAGAAAGAGUGAAACUGGAAAAAAUAUUUUGCCAACAUGGCAAACCACAUAACAUUUGAAGGCCGAAUAAGAUAAAAUAAAGCGAAACAACGGAAUGCUACAGCUAUGGUUGGCUACCGCAGUAUAGUACCUGAUUCCAGCGAGUGACUUAUUCUGCUUAGGACGGUCUGUUCAUUGUCUCAGACGCAUUACAGCCAAUCCGAUGUCAGUGAUUCUGGAGAGCUUUGAAUCUUUAGAACUUUAACUCGGUUCGAGUAAGAUCGAAGGUGAAUUACAAAGAAAAUGACCUGAAGGGAUAGAAAAAUCUCUUCGAGUUAGCGGAGGUUCGAAUUACCGAGGAAUCGAGCUGCAGAGGGUAAAACUACAGUAAAUGUUAAAAAAAAUCUAGGAGAAUUCUAGUUUGGCUCGAGGUAUUUGUAUUUUGUAUUUGUAGUUUUUAUUUCUCCACUUGACGAUAUGAACACAGUAUUGUUAAAAAUAAGGUGCAGUGAAAGUGCAAAAUAUAGUAAACUAAUAGGCCAUUUUCCAGUUUCCUUUGCCUCUAUGUCAAAACGUGUUUCGUGCGAAGCCAUUGUCAUGAAAAUACGUUUCAUCUGUAAGCUUAUUUUCAUGCAAAUCGGGCUCGUUUUCAGAGUUUUACACGAGGACUCGUUUUGAAACCGAGGCACAAGGUAACUCGGAAAUGACGUAUAAUAUGCCCUCAAGAGAUUCUCUUGAUGCCCUUGAACUAAAUACAUUAAUUUUAUUUUAGGAUAAAAAGAAAACUAGUAUAAGACAGGAAAGAGUAAACACAUAGUAAAUAAAACGUUUAUAUUGGACUUAUUAAUACGGAGCAAUAUGAAACUGGUAAAGUGCUUUUUUAAAUAGUUUUCUAGUCCGCUUACUGUAUUACAUACCGCCGGUAAAGUUAGCGCGCGAUCAGAGAACGUUCUUGGUCAUCGGAAGUUGCAACUAGCGAGGGUCUAAUGUUAAACUGAAGAAAAGGAAGUAACUGACAGGUUUUUGUCGUUCUUUUAGCUGAUAUGGGAAGAAGUGACUAGCUUUUAUUCCGCGACAAUUAAAAUUUACCGGUAUUCUUA